CUUUGGUCAACUUUGAGCAACAACAUUCCAUCGCAACGAACUAGCGUCCUUGGUGCGUACCAAAGGAAUUUUCUCCCUUUUCUUGCAGUGUGUCACUACUUAACCAUCCAAACUCAGUUACUACUUUCUCGUUACGUUGUGGAUUUUAUAAUAGUUAGGUAUCAAGUCACGAAACUUCAAUAAGUWACUAAUUAUUGAAGUGUUACAAUCCUCCUUGGAGAUGUCAAAGCAUGUAACAGCUAGUAAACGCUCAGAGCUUCUUUUUUCAAGAGAAAAGAGGGAAUUCUACGAUUAGASGAAUGAUGAGCAGAGGAUGUACCGCUCAAGACUAUAACAUUUCAUUUWUGCUGAAGAUUCCAGCAGUUUUAACAAUUUAACUCCGAAAAGUCAACGAAGAAAUCAACAGACGUCCAAAAUGUCUUACGUCCCGCCACCAACACCAACGUUUGAAAAGGACAGAAUUAGAGCCUUGAAAAACGAGAGAAUUUCAUCACAAAAGAAAACAUUUACUAAAUGGAUAAAUUCAUUUUUGAACAAGUCGAACCUCCACGUGAAUGACUUGUUUGAGGACCUUGCAGAUGGACGGAUACUGAUCAGCUUGCUUGAGAUCAUAUCUGGAGAAAAGAUUGGCAUUGCAGCUCGUGGAAAGUUUCGUGUUCACAAUAUCCAGAACAUCAAUAGAGCGUUAGAAUUUUUACAGAAAUCAGUAAAACUGGAGAGYAUUGGAGCAGAGGAUGUCAUUGACGGCAAUGAACGGCUCAUAUUAGGACUAGUAUGGAUGAUAAUCUUAAGGUUCCAGAUAGCUGAUAUUUCUUACGAGGAUGAAAUGUCCCGCGAGARAAAGUCAGCUAAGGAAGCCCUUCUAUUAUGGUGUCAAAGGAUGACAAGAGGGUAUCCUGGRGUGGAUAUUCAAAACUUCACUACAAGCUGGAGAAAUGGAUUGGCAUUCAAUGCYCUCAUUCACAAACACAGGCCUGAUUUGAUUGACUAUGCAUCUUUACGACCAAGUCAACAUGAGGCAAACUUAAACAAUGCAUUUAUGAUUGCUGAGGAUAAACUUGGAAUUGCAAGACUACUGGAUGCCGAAGAUGUGGACUGCCCUCGCCCAGAUGACCGAUCAAUAAUGACUUAUGURUCUGCCUACUAUCAAUACUUUGCUAAGAUGAAGUCAGAGGAAACAGGGGGWCGAAGAGUUGCAAAGAUAAUUAGCGUAUUGAUGGAAAUCGAGGGAAUGCAAGAUGCCUACGAGUCGAUGGUGUCCGAUUUGUUAUCAUGGAUUAACAGUAAAAUAUUGGAUAUGUCCAAACCAUUUCACAAGUCAUUAUCAGCYGUUCAGAARGAGAUGAUGACAUUCAAGCACUUUAGAACCAUCGAAAAACCACCAAAGUACGCUGAAAGGGUCAACAUYGAAGCUCAUCUUUUCAAUCUACAAACAAAACGUAACGCGAACCAACAAAAGCCCUACGCACCCCCAGAGGGAUCGUACGUUAAAGAUGUUAAUAGGGCGUGGCAAGUUAUGGAAAAUGCUGAACAUAACCGUGCACUUGCUUUGAGGAAUGAACUUAUAAGCAAGGCGACUUUGCGCGAGUCUUGGCUAGAUGACAUGAUGCAUGUUUUAGAAGAAGAACAACUAACACAAGAUGCUGCUACUGUUGAAGCCGCUUUAAAGAGACACGAAGCCAUCAGCACCGACGUAAAGGCAAGGGAAGAACGAUUCCAAAUGGUUUUCAAUCUCGCACAAGAAUUGAUUGACGAAGAUUACCAUAGAUGUGAYGUAGUGAGAGCAAGAGAAGAAGUGAUAAUGACMAAGUGGGACAAACUGGUCGGGAAGUUAGAAGGACGGCGCUCGACUUUGAUGGGAUUUAAAAACCUUGUCGGUGUUCUCAGAGACAUGGAGAGCGCACAAUCAGAUCUUGCAGAUAUCGAGACUGGACUUCGUUCAGCAGACUAUGGCCGUCACCUUCUCGCUGUUGAAAAUCUUCUUCAAAAACACAGCCUUGUUGAAUCCCAAAUCGUAGCACAGGRAGAAAGAAUUGAACGAAUUACUGCAGAAGCGUCCAAGUUUAUCAAAGCUAAUCAUCCAGAGAGUAGAGUMAUAAAGGAAAGACAAGCGAAUCUCACUCAAGCUUUCAAGGCUYUAGUUCAACUCGGUAACGAGCGUAAAGCGAGACUCGAGGACUCUCUCAAAGUCUACCAGUUCUUUAGUGAUUUGGAAGUCGAAGAACUKUUUAUAAAAGAAACCGAGCAGCUUGCUUCAUCUAAAGAAGUUGGGAAGGAUUUAGCAAGUCUGACAAGACUGAGGAAACGUCACGAGGCSCUUGAAGCAGAAGUGAGCGGUCGAUGUUCGCACUGUGAUGUCAUCUUUGCCAAAGCCCAGUCCCUGAUCGACCGAGGACAUUUUGCAUCCAAGGAAAUCAAGGCAAAGAUUAAACAGGUUCAAGCCAAUUGGAUUCGUGUUAAAGAGCUUGCUCAGAACAGAAAAGAAAGGCUCAAAGAUGCUGCGCAGUCACUUCAGUACUAUUCAGAUGCCAACGAUGCCGAGUCUUGGAUGACGGAAAAGAUGACCGUCGUUCGUAGUGAUGAUUACGGACAUGAUGAACAAAGUGCCACUUCUCUCCUGCAACGCCACCAACAGAUCCAGGAGGAAAUCAGUUCCUUUUCCGAUGACAUCGACAAACUAAAAGAACAAAGUAAAUUAAUGGGAGAAACGAACAAAGAAAAAAAGGAAGAAAAAGAGAUAACAUACGAAACUUAUUCCGAAGAAAUGGAAGUCGAAACGGAUGAAGAAGUGGAAGAGGUUGUGGAAAAAGAAGUUGUUAAAGAUAUCAUAAGAGAAGUUAAAGUUCCUCAAGUCAUAGUGUUAUAUCCCUACUCGGGCCAGGGACUGGCCGUGCGAAAAGCAGAGAAACUCUUUCUCAUCAACAAAACAAACAAUGAUUGGUGGAGUGUAAGGCGUACCACUACAAAAGAAGCUGGMUAUGUCCCUGCGAAGUACGUAAAAGAAAUCGAACCAUGYCUGGUUAAAAAGUCCACCAAGCAAAAAGUAAURGUUCCUCAAACGGUUAAAGUCAAAAGAAAAGUCAAGAAAAUUGUAGAAGUGCAAAGACAAAGACCGUUGAAGGUCACUCCAGCUCACUCACCAAGAACGAUACGAAGAGSCAAGCAGAAAGGAGUUCGACGUCAUUUUACGGCACAUUUUGAUCGUGACAAUGUUGCUGUACGGCAAAUCACUUUAACGAACACAUACAACCGACUAGUCGAGCUCUCCCAGCUUCGCCAAAGAAACUUAGAAAACUCGAUUAAGUAUUUUCAUUUUAACCACGAGUGUGACGACAUGGAAACGUGGAUUACUAACAAGGAAAAACAGUUGAACACAAAAGAUAGUAAUCUCAGCAACGAUAUUAUCCAAGUAACACGAAAGAAACUUGAGCGUUUUGGAACUGAACUGUCAGCUAAAAGUUCGUCAAUGGCAGAGAUAAAUGGAAUUGCAGAUGAUUUAAUCAGCGAUAAUGGRUCCAAUACUGCUGGAGUUAAGAAAAGAAGGAGAUUACUKAACGAAAGAUGGGGAGCUUUGCAGCAGCUGCAACAGAUCAAAGAAGAGGAACUUGAAGAAAAGCAUGGGGUGGAGCUGUUUUACAAUUCCUGUCAAGAAAUGCAAGCAUGGAUCAACGAGAAAGAAGGAAUGUUGUGUGACGAGGAUGUUGGUCGGGAUAUCGARACUGUUCGAGCAUUGCAAAGGCGUCAUCAGGGAUUUGAAAGAGAUCUCGCUGCAGUAGAAGAUAAAAUAACCAAGCUUAAAGAUCAAGCCCGUUCACUUGUUGGGCAACAUCCUCGUCAAGCUCGUCAGAUUGAAAAUAAAGAGACUCAAAUACUUGGAAUAUGGAAUGGACUUAAGGCCAAAGCUGCUGAAAGAAAAGCUUUGCUGGACGACGCUUAUGGUCAGCAAGGAUUUUUAGCUGAUACCAAGGAUUUGUUAUCAUGGGCAAACGAGGUGAAACAAACUAUUAAUACCGCUGAAGACCCACAGGACAUCGGUACCGCUACAAAGAUGAUCGAAAAACACAAUGAAAUGCUGGAAGACAUUGAAACUCAUUACGAUAGGUUUGAUCAACUCCAUGAUUAUGCCAAGAAACACCUCAAGACCAACCCACGUGCAAACAAAGUGAAACAAAAUGUAGCGUUACUUGUGGAGUGUAAAAGUGAUCUUGACGAAUGUUGGGCAGUAAGAAACGACCGACUACAGCAAGCUCUGGACUUACAGGUGUUUAUAAGAGAUGCCGAACAGUUAGACGCAGUUACAGCUUCACACGAAGCCUCUCUUUCAAGUGAAGAUAUUGGAACAUCUGUUGAUGACGUUGAACGGUUGCUAAAGAAACACGAAGACACAGAAAAAACUUUGAUUGCACAAGAAGAGCGAAUGAGAACAUUAGCAGACAUGGCCAAAUCUCUCAUUAGAGCGGAUCACUAUGAGAAGGCAUGGAUUGCCAAGCGAUUAGACGAGGUCAUUAAGCGACGUCAAAGCGUGAAAAAACGAGCAAAGCAGCGCCGACAAGACCUKGUGCAGUCUCAAAUACUUCAGAACUUUCUCAGAGAUGCUGACGAGUUUGAUGCAUGGAUCCUUGAAAAAAUGAAGAUAGCUACAGACGGGUCGUAUCAAGAUCCUAUAAAUCUUUUGGGUAAACUACAGCGACACAAGGCAUUUGAGGCUGAAUUGUCGUCCAACAAGGAUGGAAUCGACCGAAUAAACGCGGAUGGGAAAAAACUUGUCAACAGCAAACAUUUUGGAUCCAAAGAAAUCCAAAACCGACUUGAUGAACUUAAUGAGAAUUGGCGCCAGUUAUCUACUCAUUCUGCUAACAAAAGCCACAAGUUAGAACAGGCGCAACAACAACAGCAGUUCAAUCGUGUAAUGGAAGAUUUCAAAGUAUKKAUGCAUGACGUAGAAACCGUUCUUGCGUCAGAGGACAUGGGGCGAGACUUAUCUGAAGUAAAAUUCCUACUGAAAAAACACCAACUUGUUGAGGCAGAUAUCGAAGUUCACGCGACAGAAGCGGAAAGGGUCGCCAACCAAGCCCAAGAACUGGUUGAGGAUAAGCAUUUUAACUCUCAAAGUAUUGAGCAAAGUGCUAAAGAUGUUUUAUCAAGAUUUCGAGAUCUCAAGAAUCUUUCAUCCAACCGUCGAGCCCACCUUGAGGAUUCGUUUGGACUUAAUCAACUUCUUUACGACAUUGAAAUGGAAAUGUCUUGGAUUCGAGAGCAUGAGCGUCUCGCGUCGUCAGAAGAUUUAGGCUCCAAUUUAGUAUCUGUUCAGCGUCUUCAGAAACGCCACGUUGCCUUUGAAAAUGAACUUACCAACCACGGUCCUAAAAUCCAAUCGGUUUUAUCAUGUGGACAAGACUUAAUAGACUCUGGCCACCCUGCAUCAGAAGUAGUCGAAGAGCGUAUCGAUGGGGUAAAGACUGCUUGGGAAAACCUUAAUGAUGCAUCUGCAAAUCGUAAAAUAGAAUUACAGCAAUCGCACGAAUCGCAAAAGUACUUUGCUGAAGCCAAUGAAGCAGAUUCAUGGAUGAACGACAAGGCAGGCUCAGCAGCAAGUCAAGAUUAUGGCAAAGAAGAGAGAGCAACUGAUAAGUUAUUAACAAGACAUAAAGCCUUAAAAACCGACGUCGAAUCRUUUAGUGAUGUUAUCAAAGGACUAGCAAAUGAUGCUAAAAGACUUGUACGCAACCAUCAUUUCGAUUCGAAGAAAGUUGCGUCAACGCAGCGAGAUCUAGAGGAACAGCUAUCUGGCCUUCGAACGUUGGUGAGUACACGACUUGCAAGGCUCGAGGAAUCCAAAAAGYUGCACCAAUAUUUGCGUGAAGUGGAUGAAGCCGCUGAAUGGAUCAACGAGCAGAUUCACACUGCAAGCUCGGAAGACUAUGGCAAAGACUUCGAACAUCUCGAGACUAUUCAGACGAAGUUUGAAGACUUCCAACGCAGCGUGGCAGCAAACACCGACACAUAUCGAUCAGUUGACAACCUCGCGAAAAAGCUUGUCGCGGAGGGACACACGGAYACAGUUACGAUCAAAGAGCAGCAAGACAUCUUAAAAUCAAUGUUUGCCCAACUGCAAGAAAAAAUCGCCCUAAGAAAGAGGCGACUCUCUAAUGCCGCCGAGAUUCAUCGAUUUAAUCGAGAUAUGAACGAGCUCAUCAGUCGAAUUCAGGAAAAGGACGCUAGCCUGACAUUAGAUGAUCUAGGGCGAGACUUGGCUAGUGCCGAGGCCCUUCAGCGUAAACAUGAGGUUUUUAAAAGGGAAUUGAUGUCGGUGGAAAAGCAAGUUGAAGAUUUGCUUGCCGAGUCCACGAGACUUCAAAACACUUAUCAAGGUCAGACAGCUCACACCAUUCAAAAGCACGAAGAGUUUGUAAAAACACUGUGGGCMGAUUUGAAGCGAAAAUCAUCAAGAAAGCAGCACAAAUUAAAAGACAGCAUCGCGUAUCACAAACUUAACAGCUCUAUACGUGACCAAAUCACUUGGUGCAUUGACAUGUCUCGCACUGUAUCAUCAGAUGAGCCAAUCCACAACGUGUCUGAUGCCGAGGCUGUGUUGCGUCAGCUGGAGGAGCAUCAUGUGGUCAUGGAAGCUCGAGAAGAAACGUUUACACGUKUACUGGAGACAGGGGAGAAGAUGAUAGAAGAUGGACAUUUUGCUGCRGAAGAGUUAACAGAGAAACUAGAACUACUAUUGACGGAACGUGAGAGCCUAUAUGCUACGUGGGAYGAUCGCAAGUCUGAGGUCAACCAAGCAUAUUACUUGCAUGUGUUCCUUAGGGAUGCUAGGCAAGUGGAUUCAGUGUUCAGCUCUCAAGAGGCUGUUCUAGUUAAAGCAGACCUYGGUGACAGUGUAGAUGAAGUGGACUUCCUACUCAAAAAGCACGAGAACGUUGAGAAGCUUAUUUCUUCACAAGAUGAAAAACUCAAURCUAUUASGGCUUUUGGUAACAAAAUGAUCUCCGAUGGUCACGACGAUGAACGCACGWUCAGAGAACGACUGAAAGCUUUGUCUUCAAGACGAAACAAAUUGCAGAGCGACUUGAGAGACAGGCGAAUCAAAUUAGAGGAUUCAAGAAAGAUUGUGYUGUUUUAUCAAGAUGUGGUCGAGGCCGAAUCCUGGAUAACUGAGAAGCUCCAAACAGCUCAAGAUGAAUCAUACAGAGAUCCAACAAACCUCGAAAGUAAACUACAAAAGCAUCAGACGUUUGAAGCAGAACUCACUGCUCAUGAAGAUGUUAUCGACUCAGUCCAGAGAAAUGGAGAAGAGCUCAUAUCUUCGGGUCAUUUUAGUGCAAAUGAAGUUGAAUSGCGUAUCGAAUCACUGUAUAUUCAUUGGGAGGAACUAUUAGAGGCGUCGAGCAACAAGGRAAGAAAACUGGAAGAGGCCAGAGAUCAUCAAAAGUUCAACAUCGAAGUGGACAUUGCCGACUCAAGCAUAAGUGAUAAGGAAGCCAUUGUUUCAUCAGAAGAUGUAGGUAAUGAUUACGACCACUGCAUUCACUURCAAAAGAAAAUGAAGGAAUUUGAUCAAGACCUUGCCGUGGAGGAAGACCGAGUUGCCACUAUCAAUCGCCUGGCAGACAAACUGGUCAAUGAAGGACAUGCAGGAUCCUCCCUUAUUUAUCAACGACAACAAGCUCUGAAUGAAAGAUGGAAUGCGCUUCAAGAUAAAGCCAGUGAGAGGAGGCAGAAGUUAGCUGAGGCUUGUGAGAUCCAUGCAUUUGACCGUAGUUGUAAAGAGGUGGCUGGUAUGAUUAAUGAGAAGGACGUUAUAUUAUCAACUGAAGAUCUUGGACGUGAUCUUCCCAGUACCGAAGCUCUAAUUCGUAAACAUGACGACGUUGAACGAGCAUUGACUGUGAUCGAGGGUAAAAUGGAAAUGCUCGAGAAUGAGGCUCAUCGACUCGUACGUUCUCAGCCUCACAUGGCACGGAUCGUCCAGGCYAAACARACUGAAAUUAUAGAAAGCUGGGAACAGCURAAUGACAAGUUUGACGAAAGGAAAGGUYGUCUUGAAGCCAACCGAUUGCUGCAAAUAUUCCUUGUUGAUUACCGAGACCUAACGUCAUGGAUGAACGAUCUCGAUUCGCGAAUAACAAGUGGGGAACUGGCAASCAAUGUGAAAGAUGCUCAGGCACUGCUAGAUUUACACAAAGAGAGAAAGAGUGAAAUCGACGCCCGACAAGAAUCAAUAACAGCAACGCAUGCGUUUGGACUAAGUUUAGUUGAGCAGAACCAUUUUGCAGAGACAGAGAUCAAAGGCAAUGUCAGAAACCUCAAUGGAAUGAGCUCACACCUUCAAAACGUCUGGCAAGAACGACAGAAGCUGUUAGAACAGUCUUAUGAGCUUCAGGUAUUUCUAGCCAGUGCAGAUCAAGCUGAUAACUGGAUAACAAACAAGCAAAAUAUGAUGAUCCACAACGAUUCAAACGAUAAUCUUGACACAGUGCAGUCACUUUUAAAAACUCAAGUCAACUUUGAAAAGUCUAUCGCAGCGUAUGAGGAAAAAAUCAACACCCUCAACCAUUCAGCAAAUAACCUYAUAGAUAAGAAACACUACCAGAUGGAUAUCAUCAAACGUCGACAAUUGGAGGUCUUAGAAAAGUGGGAAAAACUUAAAMGUUUAUUAGCAUCUAAAAGCGAAAAACUCGGUGAAUCGAAACUACUCUUCCAAUUUCUAAGGGACGCAGAUGAGAUGGAAUCCUGGAUUAACGAAAAGUUGCAGACCGCAGCCGAGGCAUCUUAUAGAGAAGCUUCUAACCUGCAGCUCAAGCUUCAAAAGCAUGAAACAUUUCAAGCCGAAGUAACCGCAAAUAAAGGACAGCUUGAUAGCGUAAUCAAAGAUGGUGAUUCACUACUCAAUACUCAUCGUGAAACAGUAGAAAAACGACAAAAGGAUCUUACUGAUCUUUGGAAACUCCUCGAAGACCUUUCAGCAAAUAAAGCGCAAAGGCUUAAAGAGGCCAUCCAAAAGCAAACAUUUGAUCGUAGCGUAACAGAGUUAGAUACAUGGAUGGAUGAAAUCUAUGGAGCUCUCUCUUCAAAGGACUAUGGACGAGACUUGAGAUCUGUGGGAAAUUUGAUAAAGAAACAUAGACUAACAGAGGAGGAUAUCCUGAGUCAUGAAGACCGUGUUAACGAGAUCCUAGACCAGGCAAAUGCUUUUCARGAAGCUGAUCACUUCCAGAAAGAGGAAAUUGCAGAAAGAGCAUCUGAUGUGGCUGAGAGGUUUGAACAACUUUCUGAGCCAACGGCUGCACGAAAACAGAUGCUUGAAGAAGGCCUUGUGUUGUUUCAAUUUAUAAAUGAUGCACGCGAGGAGAUGGACUGGAUUCGAGAAAAAGAACCAUUGGUUAAUUCUGAAGAUUACGGUCACAACUUGAAUGGUGUACAGAACUUGCUGCAGAAGCAUGAAGCUUUCGAAGCUGAGUUGACUACGCAUGAGCAACUAGUUCAAUCGGCGAACGAAACAGCGAGACGUUUAGUGAACGGUGGGCAUUUUGCUACUGGUGUUAUCUUGGAGAAUUCAAGCAACUUAAAAUCAUCUUGGACAGAACUCACGCGACUUGCAGAAAUUAGAAGGACUAAGCUUAAUGAAUCAUUAGCUACACAACAGGUGUGUGUGUCCUGGAUUGAUUCGAUGCUUUCAGUGGGAGCGGCCGACGAAGUAGUAUCUGAUUUURGUGCAGCAGAACAAUUAGUAGCUCAGCACCAAGAGAACCAAGGCGAAGUUACAGCACAUGAAAAAAGCGUUCACGACUUUCAAGAAUCGGCUCAAAAGCUUAUUAAAUCUGGCCAUCCACAGAGWUCAGAUAUAAGGGAUAAAAGCAAACGACUUGAAGAAGCAUGGUGUAAUCUUUUAAGUUAUUUUAAGAAGAAGCAAAAUCAUCUCGAAMAAAUGAGAGAAGUACAAAGGUUCAAACAAGAGGCUGACCAAUUAGAGGGAUGGCUMAAUGCACGUGACUCUGAUGUUAUGUCUCAAGACGUAGGUGACUCACUUGAGGCUGUUGAAGCUUUGUUGAAGAAGCAAGAAGAAUUUGAAAAUAUGUUAUUAGCAAAGGGAGACCAUUUCCAGGGGUUAAUGAGGUUAACUAAUCAAGAAAUGGAAUCUGAAAAGCAAAAAAGAGAGCGUGAACUACAAAAACAACACGAAAAUAAGAAAAAAGAAGAGAAAAGAAGUGCACCGAAGAGUCGAGAUAGGAUACAGGAAAAUGUGAAACCAAAGAUUAAACCGAAACCAAAGUUGCAAGGACUAAAAAGUUCUGUUGAUAAUGAGAAAGAGCUUGCUGAUGGUGGGCAUAAAGAAAAGGAAAAGCAAGAUCCAAUAAUGAUACCAGGGAUACGGAACCAUACACCCGAACAUAUAAACCCGGAAGAAACCRUUACAAUGAAAACAAACAACUUCAAUGUUGAAAGCGAAAUUGAUCCGCAAACAUCGCACGAACCGUUACAAAAUACUUUUAAAAGWUUUCCAACUAAAACCUCAGUGGAAAAAGUUGAAGGAUUGCUUCAAAUUAAGCAAGAACUAGACGUUGGUAGACGGAAAGCUUCUGUUCGAGCAUGGAAAACGUUUUAUACCGUUUUUGACGAUGGUAGACUUUUAUUUUACAAGGACAAAAAAUCAGCAUCUUCUUUUGAUCCGGCAGCUUCUCUUGACCUCAAGGGAUCAACCAUUGAAGAAGCUGUAAUCAGAAAGAACACUUUUCGUUUAUUUGUCCAAGAUGGRUCGGAGUUUUUAUUUACAGCAAAAGAUCCAAGURAUUUCACUCGUUGGUUUGAUGAAAUACACAAAUGGAAUCAUCCAGAAUCAUCACCAAAAAGUUUUGAAGAACCAUUGCAAAAAWUUGUCGAGCCAGAAAAAGCCGUYCAAAAGAUCCGCCCACCCAAUCCAGUUAUAACUGUAACGAGUUUUGAUAGUGAUGACAGUGAUGUUGAUUURCCCGUUAUUAAUUCUCCGCCUCCAGAUAUUCCUCCUCCUGUUUUACCAGACUAUGACUCUGAAGCCGAGGUUCAACACUCUCACAUAGACGACGUUGAAGACAACUUAGUGAGUCAGGACGUCACUGAAGAUUCCAUUGAAAGUGAUCAGUAUAUGGACCAUGAACUUUCCGAUGAAAAAGAUGGAUCAAAUAAGCUUAGCRAUGAGAACGACGCAUUACAUGAACCUUACCAUGAUAACCAAUAUAUCGAAGAUGAMGACAACUAUUACUCCUCAGAUAUCAUCUUUGAAGACGACAUUAACCCCGAAUUUUAUCCUGAUGCCCCAACGGAUUUUAACGAUAAUAGCAUGCCUGAUGUGCCAUUGAUCCCUCCUCCCGAAAUCCCCCCUGAUGACUUUAGAGAUUUAGAGGAAGGUAUGGUUGAUGAUGAUGAUGAUGAUAUGAUGGUUUAUCCUAAAGCCCCACCUCCUCCUAUCAAGACCAAWAUUAGCAGUGAUCAAGAGAGUUACUUUCCCAGAGGUAGCGAUGGUCUGCCUUCACCGCCWAGACCAAUAAAAUCAGAAACAAAGUACACAAAAACUCAGCAACCUACAAUAUUACAUCACAAAAAGAAACGUGCACCGCCGCCUCCAAGGGACAAAGACCCUGCCGCCAGAUAUCGAUCUGACAGCCAAGAUUCACGAGAUUCGGAUGAUUUCGUGCCGCCUCCUAAACCCCUCUCGAGAGCACACCAAAACAAAGGUGUCCAAGAUGAUAAGAAACAUGAAAAAAAGAAAGGGAUGUUUGGAUUUUUGAAAAAGAAAAAAUAGAAUAAGAGACUAUUUUUCAAURUAUUUUUACAAUGUAUUUUUAGAAACUAUUUAAAGAAAACAUAUGAAACCGGACAAUUAUUGUCGUUCACGAACGUGUGUAUAUUUAUCAUUAAAGUUCGCAAACAUCAAU